AUGGGAACUUCAUUUCCAAAGUCCAAAACUCUUUACAUCUUCUCAUUCCUGGCGUUGUUCAUAGCUUCAUUUUCUUCACAUUCUCAAGCCUUUGCUAACGAAACCCUAGCCCAAUGCCUCAUCGACCACUCCCAACCUUCGCAUCCGAUAACCUCAUCCAUAUACACGCCCACCAACUCUUCUUUCUCGUUCGUUCUUCAAUCUUACAUUCGAAACCUCCGCUUCAACACCUCCAGCACGCCGAAACCCGCUCUCAUCCUCACCGCACUCCAUGAGUCUCAUGUGCAAGCCGCCAUCAUUUGCGCCCGGAAGCUCUCGGUCGAGAUGAAGAUCCGAAGUGGAGGCCACGACUACGAGGGCAUAUCCUACGUCUCCAUCUCCUUGCCUUUCUUCAUCCUUGACAUGCUCAAUUUCCGCUCCGUUGAUGUCGACAUCGAGGCUGAGACAGCAUGGGUCCAGGCGGGGGCCACCCUUGGCGAGGUCUACUAUGGGAUUGCAGCGACGAGCAAGGUCCAUGGCUUUCCCGCCGGGGUUUGCCCCACAGUGGGCGUCGGUGGCCACUUCAGCGGCGGAGGCUAUGGCAACAUGAUGAGGAAGUAUGGGCUUUCCGUCGACAACAUAGUUGAUGCGCGCAUGAUCGACAUCAAUGGGGAAAUACUGGAUAGAGAAUCCAUGGGCGAAGACCUUUUUUGGGCCAUAAGAGGCGGAGGCGGUGCGAGCUUUGGCGUUGUCCUCGCUUACAAGAUCAACCUUGUCCGAGUCCCAGAGACGGUGACGGUCUUCCAGGUCCCAAGGACGUGGGAGCAAAACGCGACCGAGGUGGUGUACAAGUGGGAACAAGUGGCGCCCAAACUGGACGAGGAUCUCUUCAUAAGGCUGAUCAUGGACGUGGUCAAUGGAACAAACGCGGGAGAGAAAACAAUAAGAGCCACGUUUUUCGCGCUUUUCCUUGGAGACGCUCAAAGGCUUCUUGCAUUGAUGAGCAAUAGCUUUCCCGAGCUAGGCUUGCUGAAAUCAGAUUGCAUCGAAAUGAGUUGGGUCGAGUCCACGCUCUACUGGACCAGUUUCCCGAUCGGGACUCCAGUGGAUGCUUUGCUUUCGCGCACGCCGCAAGUCUUGACACAUUUGAAGAGAAAGUCCGACUACGUGAAGCAAAUCAUACCGAAGGACGGAUUGGAGCUGAUUUGGAGGAGGAUGAUCGAGCUAGAAAGGCCGGUGUUGACCUUCAACCCUUACGGAGGCAAGAUGGGCGAGAUUCCUGCCACCAACACCCCGUUUCCGCAUAGGGCCGGGAACCUAUGGAAGAUACAGUACGCGACAAAUUGGGACGAGGAUGGGGACGAGGCGGCACGGCACUACAUCGAGCUGACGAGGAAGCUCUAUCGUUACAUGACGCCCUUUGUGUCGAAGAACCCGAGAGAAGCGUUCUUGAAUUAUAGGGACCUUGAUCUGGGGAUUAACCACAAUGGAGACGAGAGCUACGAGGAAGGGAAAGUGUACGGGGUGAAGUACUUCAAGGGCAAUUUCAACAGGUUGGUGGAGAUAAAGACCAAAGUCGAUCCUGGUAAUUUCUUCAGAAACGAACAGAGCAUUCCGGUUCUUCCCCGGUGAAAAAGAAAGUGGAAGCGCCCAAUAAAUAAUAAUUGCAUUUCUGCUGAUCCUUUAGACACUUCAUUAGUUCAGAGAUUUGUAAGUUUGUAUUGGCGAAUAAUGCAGAAUUUGUGAAUGAGAAUAAAGAG